AAACCCGAACCAAGCCAGCACUCCGAACAUGUUGUGUUCAGUUUUGUUGGCCGUUCUUGCCUCACAAGCGAUUGUCUUUGCAGCAGAUGAUGACGAGACCAGUGCCUUAAAAUUCCUGAGCCAGUACCAUUAUAUAUCUCCCUCGCGUUCAGGAAAUCAUGACGUGGAAACAGCCAUCAGAAAAUUCCAAUAGUUCACUGGUCUGCCUGUGACUGGCACUGAGUUAGAUGAUGCCACUAUUGCACAGACAAAGAAGCCACGUUGUGGAAUGCCUGAUGUUGAUGAAGAAGGCCGUGUGAAGAGGUUUAAGACUGGGUCCAGAUGGAGCAAGAAACACUUGACGUACUUUGUUGAGCAUGGAGCAGACUUGGACCAUUCUACUCAAGACAGAGUGUUUGAAAAGGCUCUGAAAUACUGGGCUGAUGUAUCAGGACUGUCUUUCUCCAGAGCUUCCAGCGCAAGAUCUGCUGACCUUAAGAUCAGCUUUGGAAGAACAACUCACGGUGGAAGCUCUGAGAGAACAUGCGCCUACCCAUUCGACGGAAAAGGCAAAGUACUUGCACACGCUUUCUUUCCCUCAGAUGGCCGCGCGCACUUUGAUGAAGAUGAAAGAUUCACCGAUGGAACAUACAGUGGUACAAACCUUCUGUGGGUGGCUACACAUGAAUUCGGUCACUCACUGGGAAUCCAUCACUCCGAUGUCGAGAAUGCCGUCAUGUAUCCGUAUUACACUGGAUAUGUACCAAACUUCAAGCUGCAGCAAGAUGACAUCGAUGCAAUCCAAUACUUGUACGGUGAGAUAUGCCACAAUAGUUUAUUUUAUUAAACAGGUAUAAUUAGG